AAGAGACCUAGAAGCACUUUAAAAAAUUUGAUUAAACAACAAUGCCACCAAGAUGGAGAAGCAAAUGUUCAAUCCUUGACUUCAAUGGAGUGACGAGAGAUACCAACUUAUGCUACCAUUGAAUGAGGCCUCUUCCAUAGCAGCACUUCUCCUCAAUAAGUGCGCCUCCAUAACCUUAAUCAACAAAGCACGCCAGCUCCAUGCCCUUAUCCUCACUUCCAUACCCAAAUCUCCUCAUGUAUUCAACAACAUUCUCUCCAUGUACGCCAGAUGUGGAUCUAUCCAAGACGCACAUAUCCUGUUCGAAAAAAUGCCUGAGAGGAACAUCGUUUCUUUCAACGCCCUCAUUUCCGCCUAUUCUCGAUACCACCACCUUGCCCAUUGGGCUUUCCAUUUGUUUACUGAAUUGCAGAGUGAGUACCUAAGACCAAAUGGGUUAACUUUUACUAGCCUUUUAAAUGCAUGUUCGGGCAUCAAGAAUCAGGUAUUAGGUUCUAUGCUUCACUCCCAAUGUAUAAAGUUUGGAUUUUUGAAAGAUGUGUGCGUUCAAACCUCUAUUCUUGGGAUGUACUCAAAUUGUGGAGUCGUGGAUUGUGCAGAAAAAGUUUUCUGCUACAUGCAUGAUAAAGAUACUGUGGCUUGGAAUACUCUAUUCUUCGGAUAUUUGGAAAAUGGUAAGACCGUGGAAGGCCUUCAUCUGCUCGGCACCAUGUUGAGAAUCGGAAUUGUUCCGACGAAUUUCACUUAUACCACAUUGUUGAGUGCUUGUAGCAGGUUAAGAGACCAUAUUUCUGGGGAAUUGACUCACUCUAAAGUAAUUGUUUCAGGGACUGCACCUGACUUGCCCCUGUAUAAUGUCUUGCUUGCCAUGUAUUCUAGUUGUGGUGAUAAUGAAACAGCUUUGAAAAUCUUCAGAAAAAUCAAGAAGCCAGAUUUGGUUUCAUGGAAUUCAAUGAUAUCGGGGUAUGCAAUAAAUGGAGAUGGAGUGAUGGCAAUGAGGAUCUUCAUCCAAUUUGGACAAUCUUCUCGUUUCGCCCCUGAUGAAUAUACAUUUGCAGCUGCAAUUUCUGCUGCAGGAGCAUUUCCAGCAGCUGAUUAUGGGAAACCACUCCACGGCCAAGUUGAGAAGGUGGGGCUCGGCGCAAGUGUAUUUGUUGCAAGCGCACUUAUAUCAAUGUACUUUUGCAAUGGAGAAGUUGAGUCUGCUCAAAAGGUUUUCAUUAACGUCCUUGAUAAGGAUGUUGUCCUUUGGACUGAGAUGAUUGCUGGACAUUGUAGGAUUGGUAAUGCUGAGAGAUCUAUUAGAUUUUUCCAUGUGAUGUUACAGGAAGGCCACAAGGCUGAUGAAUUUACUCUUACCAGUGCCUUAAGUGUGUGCGCUGAAGUGGCCACUGUGAGGCAAGGUGAGAUGAUUCAUUCCCUGGUUGCCAAAACAGGCUAUAUUGCUGAGAUGACCGUUUGUGGGAGUCUGGUUGAUAUGUAUGCUAAAAUUGGAAACCUUGCAGCUGCAGAGCUUAUGUUUUCCAGUGUCAUCAUGCCUAAUCUGAUAUGCUGGAACUCAAUGCUUGGAGCAUAUGGUUACCAUGGGAAGGCAGAGGAGGCAUUUAAGAUGUUCAAUGAUAUUUUACAACAUGGCCUAAAACCAGAUCAUGUAACAUUUAUUUCUCUGCUUGCAGCGUGUAGCCACUGCGGUUUGGUCAACCAUGGUAUAUAUUUCUGGAAUUAUAUGAAAGAAAAUAGUUUAGAACCAAGCCUAAAGCAUUAUUCUUGUAUGAUCUCUUUGUUGAGUCGAGCUGGAUUGCUGGAGGAGGCUGAGAAUGUUAUAAUGGAAUCACCCUUUGGUGUUGAAUGCCUUCAACUAUGGAAAAUUUUACUGAGCUCCUGUGUAAGUAAAGGAAACCAGAUAAUAGGAAUACGUGUUGCGAAGCAGGUUUUGGGGAUAGAUGCAGAAGACAGAGCAACAAAUGUACUGCUUUCCAAUUUAUUUGCUUCAACUGGUAGGUGGGAUGGUGUUUCUGAGAUUAGGAGAAAGAUAAGGGGACUUAUGUUGGAAAAAGAUCCUGGUUUAAGCUGGUUAGAAGUUAUGAACAAUACUCAUGUGUUCUCUUCUAGUGAUCAUUCACAUCCACAGUAUGAUGAAAUAAGAGCUGAAUUGCAUAAAUUACUAGGAAACUUAACACAGUCAGAAGCAACUCAAUUUAUGCUGGAUGCAGAGGCUGGGGAAGUAGGAGAGCCUCGAUUAGUUAGAAUCAGAAUGACUGCUCUUUGAAAUCUUUUAGAGGCCAUGGAGCUUAAGAUUUAGCUAAUCUCUUCUCCAAAACGAUUCCUAGAAUAUAUCUUCGUCUAACAGUGUUUGUAAGCCAUUUGUUUCAGAUGGUGAUAACAGAAAAUUGGAAAAAAAUUGUUAUUUUUAUUGAACUGUUUAAUUGAUGUGUAUUU